UGCACUGUUGAUCAUUUCUAUGGAAUCGGUGCAUUAUAAAUUUUCAAGUAUUAAUUAUUAUUGUUAACUUAAUCAAAUGAGAGCAAAUAAUUGGAAGCAUCACACAGAGAACAGGUAAGGGAGAUGGGGUUCUCUCUUUAGUCUGCGCCCCUGCAUAUUGUGAAACCCAUCUUCGUAGGCUGCUUUGUACGAGCUCGUUUGCGCAAUGUCUGUGUGUUUCACACGCGUCUGUACUUAAUCAGCGAUCUAACGCUGGUUCGCACCAGUAUUGCACGGGUUUAGGUGUCCGUACACCAACUCAUCGUGAUCCAGAUCCACGUGAAACAAACAGCCUGUACUAGGCUGGUACGGUGAGCAACGAUUUCUCACCAAUGGAUUUCCCAAGUCGCUAUGGCUUUCUACCUUACGUCCGUGCCCAUCUACGUUGCAACAUCUGUAGGGAAACCUCUAGCUGAUUGUGCAACCACUUGCGACGUCAAGGAAUUUCCCUCAGUAUAAAGGCAUUCGUUGCACAGACUACUCAGAAACCCACCUUUAUUCCUCACCGUCUCGCAUGAUGUAAAUGGACAGAUUCGAAGCCACUCGCUGAAACCUAUCCUAACAAGGCAGACACUACCUCAGGUUUAUACACGUUAAUUCAUAAUUCCGUAACAGGGAAAGCUGUUGGUUCGGAGUUCACGUCAAAAGGAAGUGCGAGAGGAGUUGGUAUGAAAUAGCCCUCAGAUACAACUUCAAAUCAAGUGACUGGAAUUGCCGGCCAAGUCGUUACUAUUACCAUGGCAGAACAAGGCGUGUUAGAGCUGGCUACCUUAGGGCGUCCCAUGCAGCUGGGUAUGCUUUACGAUUGCCGUAGAGACAGUCUGAUUCCUGGAUUAACUCUCUGGGAUCCAGCUGUUUUGCAGAAUGAUCGUGACGUGCGUCCUCAGCCCAGCACACAGUACGACAUCAUGUCAUCUGACAGAGUGGACGACAAGGCAUCCUCUCUCAACAUCAGCGCGUCGUUGAGGGCUAGCUUCUUGGGUGGACUCAUAGAGGUCAAAGGCUCGGCCAAGUUCCUUCACGACAAAAAGUCUUCUAUUAAACAAGCUCGCCUUACACUGCAUUACAAAACUACCACAAGGUUUGAGCAGUUGACAAUGAAGCAUCUAGGUGCACACAAUGUUCAGCAUUCUGACAUAUUUGACCAAGGUACAGCUACUCAUGUUGUAACAGGUAUCCUCUAUGGGGCCCAUGCAUUUUUCGUAUUCGAUAGGGACUGUACGAGAGAGGAAGAAAUCAAAGAUGUGCAGGGGCGAAUGCAUGGCAUGGUGAAAAGAAUAGCUUCAUUUGAAGCGGGUGGGGAGGGGUCUCUAGAGGAGGGUGGACGAGAGGGUGUUGAUAAGAUGCGCUGUAGUUUCCACGGUGACUUUAACCUAGAAAAUAACCCGGCAAGUUACCAAGACGCUGUCAGCGUCUAUACGAAACUGCCCUUAAUGCUUGGCAGGGACGGGGAAUAUGCGGUUCCCAUACGGGCUUGGCUAUAUCCUUUAGAUAAGUUGGAUCAAAAAGCUGCCAAGUUGACUCGUCAAAUAAGUGUCAACUUAAUAAGUCAAUCCCAGGAGAUUUUGGAAGGCUUGGAGGACGUGGGGGUUAAAUGCGACGACAUGAUUAUGUCGGACAUUUGCAGAGAUUUCCCCCAGUUUCGGGAGAAGUUCGGUCCGUUUAAACAGAAGAUCGUCCAGUAUAAAUUGUAUUUACAAGAGUAUCUGGUGCAAGCAUUGCCGGCAAUCCGAGGGGGCAGUGUUGAGGAGAACACGUUAGCUGAUUUUAUCAGAAAUUCAGUCCAGUCACCGUUUGGUCUGGAACAGCUUAAUGGCUGGGUCACUAGCAAGGAGAAAGAGAUGAAUGUCGUCAAAGCUUACAUGAAACUCUUUUCGGGUAUUCAAAUUAUCAGGUCUCAGGCAGACUUAGACGAGCUUGUAUUAGACCCGUUGGUGAGCAACGCUGUCUGCUUUGUCUUCCCUCUCGAUGGACCUGAACAAUACUUUGAGGCCUUGUCCCAGCAUUUGCAAUCUGCCGAUGGACCUGCAUCUAAUUUGAGCAUACAUUCGGACUGGUUUGCUGAUAAGUCCGCAUCUGCAAAUAUGAGAUCUGAUGCCAGAGGUUUUGCAGAGUUUUGCCGGGCCAAUGCUGGUGCCGAAACCAACGAAACUGUUUUUGCAGUCACAGGAUUUGGCGCAGACGUAGGAGGGACAGGUUCGAUUUUGCUGUACGAAGAGGGCGUACUAACAACAAAGGGUUUUAAACCACCAAGUAAACCCGGAAAGCCGUCGAUACAGAGCAAGACCAAUGAUGAAGUAACUCUCGAGUGGUUACCUCCGGAAAUGGGCCUGUCGGAGGUGGAGCGCUAUGAGGUGCAAUACCAAGAAACAGGAAAGGGUCUACGAUCGACAAGCCCAUGGGAUUGGCAGAAAUCAUGUACUAGAUCGGACACGAGACAAAUCACCAUCCAAAACUUAAAGCCUCUCACAACCUAUGAGUUUCAAGUUGUCGCUGUUUGUCGAGUUGGUGUCAGUCAGGUGAGUGAAAGUAGUGAUCCAUGUACAACACUUCCUGCUGGUCCUCCGAUACGUGUUCGCAAGCAUGCAGUGUCUGAAACAUGUCUGACCAUCGUUUGGGAUCCGCCGGCUGUAUUGGGUGAAGGUGUGCAGGUUGAGAAUUACGUGGUCAGAUACACACAGGUUUCAGCGCUUUCCAUUGCUGGUCCAAAUCAAGAUGUUGUGAAAUCCACGAGCGCUGAUACAUGCCUGUUCAUUAUUGAUGACCUCAAACCCAACGAACCAUACAGAAUUUGGGUGUCCGCGCAGUGUGGCAGUGCUGGAAAUGGCGUGGAAAGUGAGCCACUAGAAAUCGCCACGGAUCAAGCUCACCAGCCUGCAAAGUAUGCGAAACGAAUAGCUAAGACUGCCGAAGUACUCUCAGAAGGAUGCGAGUCAACUGGUACACCAACUAUUCUGAAGAUUCCCUUAGACCAACAUUCCACCGGCUCGGGUGGAAACUACCUAAGCUUCAGCUUCGGCAAGAAAACUAGCAUGGUUCAGCAGCACAAAGUGAUAAUGGUUGUUGGAGCCACGGGUGCUGGUAAGAGCACUCUAAUCAAUGGGAUGAUCAACUACAUCCUUAAAGUAGACUGGAAAGAUGGGUUUCGGUUCAAGAUAGUUGACCAGCGUGGAGAGGGACCAGAGUCACAAGCGCACAGUCAAACCCAAAUCAUAUCGGCAUACACCGUUUACGAAAACAAACACCUCAACGUCCCAUACACAUUGACAAUCAUUGACACGCCAGGAUUUGGAGACACUAGAGGCAUUGAGCGUGACCGGGCCAUCGUUGAUCAGAUACGAGAUUUUUUCUCUCUUUCAGAGGCACACAAAGUGGAUCACAUAGACGCGAUUGGCUUCGUUGCUCAGUCUUCGCAAGCACGCCUGACCCACACUCAACGAUAUGUUUUUGAUUCCAUCCUCUCCGUCUUUGGUAAAGACAUCUCGUCUAACAUACUUCUUCUUGUCACUUUCUGUGACGGGCAAAAGCCCCCGGUUGUCGAUGCGGUUAAAGAAGCAGACAUUCCAUGCAGUAACAGCAUGUUCAAAUUCAACAACUCAGCUCUUUUUGCGAGCAAUGGAAUUUCCAAAGGGUUAGAAACAGGGGGAAAGGCUUUCACAGAUACCAAUGACAUUACCAAGAAGAUAAUUUCGACAGGAUGUUCUGGCGGAUGGGAAUGCAAAGCAUGUGGAACUUCUUCAACGCCCUGAACAGCAUGGAGUCGACAAGCCUGUC